AUGCUCAAACUGGGGUUCGCGGUCCCCACACGUUGGUCCUUUAGGUGUGGCCGGCUGGGGAUGGCCAGCAUCACAGGAGAGGCCAGACUCUCUGUGGACAAAGGGAAAGCAACAAGGGACCAGCAGGAGCAGAGCGAGAAGCAGGAAGAUGCGGAAUCUGAGUACCAGACGGCGGAAGGUUCUGCAAGGGUAAACAGAAACGAGGCUGUGCUGAUCAAUCAUGCCAUUCAGGAGAUCCAACGCAGGCCACUGGAAGUGCCCACAAUAAUUGGAGAUGAGCCGGUGUACACCAUGGAUAAGCAACGGGUCUCUUGCCCUCAUCAACUUAAGAUGAUCCUGGCACAGGUUUACUACGCCAAUCGUAAGCAAAUCGAGACUGCAAUUAAGUCGGCUUUGUCGGCGCAGGGCACUUGGAGUCUGGUACCCAUCGCAGAACGUCUGGCAAUUUGGCGGCGUGCGGCAAACAUCAUCGAGGAGGACGAGUUGCGAUUACGAGUUUUCCUGAUGUUGACCCUAAGCAAAACUGCCGACGAUGCGACGCGGGACAUCAGGCGGCUGCUCAGCUCGCUGAGGGCCAACGCCGACUAUCUGGAACACUUGUCAGAGCUGCGCUUCGAGAUCCAAGGCGAUAUGAAUGUCUUCCCCAGUUUUCACUUACGGCCCAUGGAUGGCUUCGUUGCUGCCUUAGCUCCAUUUGAAUCGGUGGCUUUGUCCGCCAGUUUGGCUCUCUGUCCUGCACUGAUGGGCAACACCGUGCUGUGGAAUCCCUCUUUGGAGGUGGCACCAGCCAGCUUUCUCAUCCACCGCGCAUUUCAGGAAGCUGGUCUGCCCAGCGGAGUGGUCAAUUUUGUGCCCGCCAACGAGCGUCUGUUCCUGGACACUAUCACGGAUGCCGUACAUUUUGCCGGAUUGAAUUCCCAAGGCAGUGCGGCUGGUUACAGGCAUGUGCACAAGCUGGUGAGCGACAGGAUGGAGCGGUACAUCUGCUUUCCCCGUCUGGUGGCCGAGUGUCCGGGUCAGAACUUUCAUUUUGUCCAUGCCAGCGCAAAGGUGGAGUCCGUGGUCUCUGCUACCAUGCAGGCGGCCUUCGGAUUCGCCGGGCAGUAUGCCAACUCGUUGUCUCGCAUGUACGUGCCCUCAUCUCUGUGGCCGCGAGUCCAGGCAGAUUUGCUAGAGGCCACGGAGCAGCUGAUCAUAGGAGAUCCAGUCCAGCUGGAAACGGAUAUGGGGGCGAUUGUCAAUGUGGACGGAUUCCACCGGAUGCAGAAACUUCUGGAGCGCACUAAGAACAUGGAUCAGUUGUGCGGAGGCUUUUGCGACGACAGCAUUGGUAGGUUCGUUCAACCUACGAUCAUCAGGGUGACGGAUCCACUGGAUUCGCUGUUGUGCGAGCCCUGCAGCGGACCCUUCUUGCCGGUGUUUGUCUAUGCAGACGAUUCCUUUGGGGAGGCACUUAAGCUGGCCGCUAACCAGUCCAGGUAUGCGCUCUCCGGAUCUAUAUUCGCCAGUCGGGAUGAGGUGAUCCUCCACUGCCUCAACCAACUGCGCAUGUCCGCCAGCAACCUUUACGUGAACGAGCGAUGUACUGGCAGCAAUUAUGGAUUGACUCCGUUUGGUGGCAAUCGCCUGUCCGGGACGAACGACAAGUCCGGAUCUGCUUACUUUCUCAUGCGGUGGAGCUCGCCACUACUCAUCGAGGAGACGGUGGAGGGGCCAGCUCCGUCACAGGGAUCCAAAAAGUUUCCCUAAGCUUGCCGAUGGGUUAGGGAUAAUUUAAAAACUAUAAUAAAACUGUUCUUCAACAAAGAUAAAGUAUUAUCGUAGUUUGCGCAAGUUACUUCAAAAAUAACGGAAAGAAUCGUCAUGCAGGUGGAAUCAUUUCGAAUUUUUUCUUCACACUG